AUGUUUAAUGAUACGAACCAAGAGUUUCUGAAAGCAAUAACCGAGCAGAGGGAAGAAGUCGAGCAGCUGCGGACACAACUUACCCCGGGGAGCCCGGGGAGCGGGGCCCCGCCGUGGGCCGAGGGUCAGCUCCGCGCCUACGGGUUCCGGACGCGGCCCAUCCCGCGGCUCCGCCAGGGAGACCCCCGCGCCGAGGAGCUCAUCGACAACGAGGAGCCCGUGGUGCUGACAGACACGAACCUGGUGUACCCUGCCCUCAAAUGGGACCUGGACUACCUGCAGGAGAACAUCGGCAACGGCGACUUCUCCGUGUACAGCGCCGGCACCCACAAGUUCCUCUACUACGAUGAGAAGAAGAUGGCCAACUUCAAGAACUUUAAGCCCAGGAGCAACAGGGAGGAGAUGAAGUUUCACGAGUUCGUGGAGAAGCUGCAGGACAUCCAGAGGCGGGGGAGCGAGGAGAGGUUGUAUUUGCAGCAGACUCUCAAUGACACGGUGGGGAGGAAGAUUGUAGUGGACUUCUUGGGCUUUAACUGGAACUGGAUCAAUAAGCAGCAGGGGAAGCGUGGCUGGGGGCAAUUGACCUCCAACCUGCUGCUUAUCGGCAUGGAAGGGAAUGUGACCCCGGCUCACUACGAUGAGCAGCAGAACUUCUUUGCUCAGAUCAAGGGCUACAAGCGCUGCAUCCUGUUUCCUCCAGACCAGUUUGAGUGCCUCUACCCGUACCCCGUUCACCACCCCUGUGACCGGCAGAGCCAGGUGGACUUUGACAAUCCCGACUACGAGAGGUUCCCCAACUUCCAGAACGUGGUUGGUUACGAGACAGUGGUCGGCCCCGGAGACGUCCUCUACAUCCCCAUGUACUGGUGGCACCAUAUCGAGUCUCUGCUGAAUGGCGGCACCACCAUCACUGUGAACUUCUGGUACAAGGGCGCUCCCACCCCUAAGAGAAUUGAAUACCCCCUCAAGGCUCAUCAGAAAGUGGCAAUAAUGAGGAACAUCGAGAAGAUGCUGGGCGAGGCGCUGGGAAAUCCACAGGAGGUGGGCCCCUUGUUGAACACGAUGAUUAAGGGCCGAUACGACUAGCCAGCCCGCGGCGGCUUCCCUGGCCACCGCCAUCCACGCCGCUUCACCGACGCAGACCGGAAGCUCCCGAGCGCUACUGUCGCACGCAGCACUUAACUCGGGGUCCCGUCGGCGGCGCGGGGCGGAGUGGUGCGUGGAAGCGGGUGGAGAGUGGGUAGCCGCUCCCUCUGUCCUCCCUCCCCCGAGUGACUUCUCCCCGGACUCCCCUCCGGUCUCUGCCCCGGAGUUCUUGGUUCGGAGCCCCCGGCGUCCCCACUCGACCCCCUCGGGCUUCCGGCCGCAGCCCGGGGCCAGCAGCACCCUCCCCUGGAGUGUCGGAAUGAAAUCCCGCCCGAGGUCACCGGGCCUCCGCCCCGCCUCUCCCUCAGGCCAGAGCUGGACAUCCGCUGCCCACCUGCAGCUGGAUCAGGCUGACCUCCGGGCUGCCGGGCGUCCCCUCGGCCUUUUGUGUCAUCGAGGCACCCGAGAGCACCCGGCGGCCUCCCCGGGCCCGGUAUACGGCGGCACGGUCCCGCCGCCCCCACCCCCUCCCCAGCUUCCCGGCGUGGCCAGGUGAUGGGACGCCGGCGUGGCUGCCGGAGAGACAUCAGCCGGCGCCGGGAGGAGGAGGAGAAGUGGAGGAGGUGAUCUCUGGGAGCGGACCCCCAGGGACCGGGGGAUAACGAGUUCCAAAGCACAGACGCCCGCCGUGACUCUCCUCGCCGGCAAGGGAUGCGACCGAACCCCUAGGAAGUGCCCAAGCAGUGAUUUCUGUAGGAAUUGUAUAUAUGUGUGAGUGUGAGUGUGCACGUGUGUGUUUAUCCCUGUGUGUAUCUAUCCCGUGGCCGGACGUAUCGAGGCUUUCCCUCUGCACGGCUGCUUAGCUCCAGCGAGGGGUUUUUUCCUGUUGGACUUUACCCUUUUGUGCCUCAGUUGGCCCCAGGUUGCCUGAGCAGACCUCCCACGGGGGCAGCAGGCGUACCCUCUGUACCCCCCAGGAGUCUACCCAGAACACCUCCCUCAGGCCUUCUUGAUGUCCACCCGAGGCUUCUGUGGCUCAUCGGGGGAACCGGCUCACUUCCCCCAUUGUGCCAGCCCCCGCCCUGCGGGGAGGAGAGAAGCCGAGGCAGGGGGCCUGUGGCCCGAACCCACCUGGGGAAGAGAGGGGCAAAAUGCGUCUGGAGUCACAGAAACAGGCAGCCCGGUGGUCGGGAGGAGGAGGAGGAGGGUGAGGCUGAACCGGACAGGGGCCAGGGCCCCCCUGGCCUGCGUGAGCAGACACUAGGACCUCAGAAAAACAUUCGGCAAGCUAAGCUGGCCCCGCAGCAAGGAGGAAGCUCCUCCCUCCCAGCCCCUCUCACUUCUGACCCGGCCGGACGGGGAGAAAGGAGGGCCGGGACCGCCAGACUCCCCUUUGAAGAGCGGUCCAGCGGGUGCCGCGGGAGGGGGGCCGGUGGAGGGACUCAAGGAGCCCGCUUCUUUUUUUUCGCCAAAGGUUUCAACCCUCUAAACCUCUAAUGUCCGAGCAGCGGUGUCCGCGUUAGGAACUCUUUCAUUUUACGAUGCACUGAUGGACUGCCGUCGGGGUGCGGGGAAGGCCGAUGGUUUGGUAAAUCCCUGUGCUUUCGGUACACCCCCCCCGCGAUGUCGGGAAACCGUGCGCGCUCUUCUUGGCGCGUGUGAAAGAGUCAGCGUGAAGGACACGGAACUCUUUGAAGUGUAGGUCUUUCAAUACAACCGUCUUUGGGAACCA